CUGUGACCACGAACUAACCAGUCAUGGCCGAGAGUUGGGACGAACCUGCCCCUGUUACUGCCGAGCUUCCAGAGAUCAAGCUCUUUGGUAAAUGGUCCUCAGAUGAUGUCCAAGUCAGCGACAUCAGUUUAACUGAUUAUAUCGCUGUAAAGGAGAAGUAUGCUAAGUAUCUGCCUCACUCCUCCGGCCGUUACCAGGUCAAGCGUUUUAGGAAGGCACAAUGUCCCAUUGUGGAACGCCUUACCUGCUCUCUCAUGAUGCAUGGACGGAACAACGGCAAAAAACUGAUGGCAAUGAGGAUUGUCAAGCAUGCUUUUGAAAUCAUUCAUUUGCUGACUGGUGAGAACCCUCUCCAAGUUCUUGUAAAUGCCAUCAUUAACAGCGGUCCACGUGAGGACUCCACACGUAUUGGUCGUGCUGGUACUGUCAGGAGACAAGCUGUGGAUGUUUCUCCUCUCCGUAGAGUCAACCAGGCUAUAUGGUUACUGUGCACAGGUGCCCGUGAGGCUUCCUUCAGAAACAUUAAAACCAUCGCAGAAUGUCUUGCUGAUGAGCUCAUCAAUGCAGCAAAGGGAUCUUCAAACUCCCAUGCCAUCAAGAAGAAGGAUGAGUUGGAACGUGUUGCCAAGUCCAACAGAUAGACAGAGACUUUAUUGACUUACUUUCAAAAUGUGAAUAAACCAUCCACAUCGUGGGGAGUACCCAAGGGA